GCCACAGCUGACGAAGAUCACAAGCACAGGCUGCAGCUAAAUGAGACUCUAGGAUGGAAUCAAGAAGCCUGACCAGAGGUGUGGGUCUCUGCCUUCUGCUGCUGACUCUGCUACAUGAGGCCACAGGCCAGAGAAAGGUGGCACGCAGGAAUAACUACCGGCUGAACGAUGAUGGAGGAAAUGUUCGGACAUGUUCACUGGAGGUGGCCUUUAUCCUGGACAGCUCUGAGAGUGCCAAACUUUUGCUGUUUGAGAAGGAGAAGGCCUUUGUGCUGAGUUUCAGCACUCGGCUCGCCACACUGCCAGUACCCCCUGGCUUGAUGCUGAAUGUGCGAAUAGCUGUGCUUCAGUACAGCAGCUCUGUGUUUAUUGAGCACCGAUUUUCAACCUGGAAAGACAUGGACUCAUUCCACAGCACAGUCAAUGGCAUGCGCUACAUUGGCCAUGGCACCUACACUACCUAUGCCAUCACCAAUGCCUCCCAUCUUAUUGUGCAGGAGACUCCAGUGGAGAGCAUCAGGGUUGCGGUGCUAAUGACCGAUGCCAUUGACCAUCCUCGUAACCCUGAUGUCACUGCAGCAGCAGCAGAGGCCAAAGGUCAUAGGAUAAAGAUCUUCGCCAUUGGGUUGUCAGAUGUUGUAAAUAGAGACAAGCUCCGAUCCAUUGCCAGCACACCUUCUCAGCAGUUUGUCCACAGUCUUCUUGACCCGGAGCUGGAAGCGAAGCUCCUCAAAGAGAUGGCUGGAGUUGCAGUUGAAGGGUGUCCACAUGUGUGUCCAUGUGAAAAAGGAGAGAAAGGCCUUCCUGGGAGGGAUGGUAUGAAAGGAGAGCCCGGCCCUAGAGGACCACCUGGUUUGAGAGGAGCAAGGGGGGAACCUGGCUUGAACGGUCAACCUGGAAGUGAUGGUCCAGAGGGUCGCCAAGGUUUCAAAGGGAAUAAGGGGGAUAGAGGAAAAUGUGGCCCUCCUGGGGAGAAGGGUGACAAUGGACUCGAAGGACCUCCAGGACCACGAGGACAAAAAGGAGAUCAGGGUGCAGUAGGACUACCAGGAGACUUGGGCCCUGAGGGCCUACCCGGACCUAAAGGAGACAGAGGGCCCAGUGGACCACCAGGGGCAUCAGGAGAAACUGGUAUUGGAUUCCCUGGAGCCAAGGGUGAAAGGGGCAUUCAGGGAAAACCAGGUCCCAUUGGUCCAAUUGGGAAGGGAGAACCAGGACUACAGGGACCUCCAGGACCUCUUGGUAGACAAGGAAACACUGGAUCUCCUGGGGAAGGGUUUGCAGGACCAAAGGGUGAUCGAGGAUUUGAUGGUCCAAAGGGCAAUCGUGGGCUUCCCGGUGUUGGGGUUAAAGGUGACAAGGGCGGUUUUGGGCCACCAGGUAUUCAAGGUCCAGUAGGUGCUCCUGGUGUAGGACUUCAAGGACAAAAGGGAGACCAAGGCCCAACUGGUGCGGCAGGACCCAGAGGACCUCCAGGAGUUGGAUUAAUAGGACCUAAAGUAAGACAGAAGUGGGAUGCCCAUCAACUGACAGCCUGGCUGUCUCUGAGAUGUUAAUUGGCAGUUAAUCCGAUUGGCAGUAAUUGGGGGGUCCAAGCAGCGAAGCUGCAGGAACCCCAUUGUUUUUGUUAGUGUUAUUAUUAUUGGGGGUCCAAGCAGUGAAGCUGCAAGGAACCCCAUUGUUUUUGUUAGUGUUAUUGGGGUCCCAGCAGCGAAGUUGCUGGAACCCAUUGUUUUUUCUACGUUUUCUUCUUCUCGUCUAGCCUUAUGGCCGAUUGGCCGAUGUGCUUGGACCCCCUCAUUGCUGCAUGCAGUUAUAUUAAUAAUUGAUUUUAUAUAGCUAUAAUACUGGCUUUUAUAUAGCUUACUGUAUAUAGGUUUAGGGUGGAAUCAGAUCGCCAACCUUUCAGUUAUUGGGUGACCACUUUCAUUCACAAGGUUAACUGUCAGUAGGUGGUUUGUAA